CCUUGAGUGUUGCGUGACGCCGUCCAGCCUCCCUCGGUCCUCGGUGGGGAAAACGUGGAGAGCUUAAAGUGAGCGUUUUUUGCGGAUUUCCCAACAAAAUCACUUCAAGAUCCCUGGGCUGCACAGAGAUCCACUGAGCUGUGAAGCUGACAAGAAUGGAGUAUAUGCAGGCUCCUGCACCAAGCAGCCAGGGAAACAUCCUGUGCUGCACCUGCGGUAUCCCCAUUCCUCCCAACCCUGCCAACAUGUGUGUAGCCUGCCUGCGUACUCAGGUAGACAUCUCAGAGGGAAUUCCCAAGCAAGUCACAGUGCACUUCUGCAAGCAGUGUGAACGGUACCUGCAGCCCCCAGCCACCUGGAUGCAGUGUGCUCUGGAGUCCAGGGAGCUUCUGGCCCUUUGCUUGAAAAAACUGAAGAGCUCUAUGACUAAAGUGCGUCUCAUUGAUGCUGGCUUCCUGUGGACGGAGCCACACUCUAAAAGGAUUAAGAUGAAACUGACCAUCCAGAAAGAGGUGAUGAAUGGGGCAAUCCUGCAGCAGGUGUUUGUGGUGGAGUUUGUCGUCCAGUACCAGAUGUGUGACGACUGCCACCGUGUGGAGGCCAAAGACUUCUGGAAGGCCGUGGUUCAGGUUCGACAGAAGACUGUUCAUAAAAAGACCUUCUACUAUUUAGAACAGCUGAUCCUCAAGCAUAAGCUCCACCAGAAUGCCCUCAACAUCAAAGAAAUCCAUGAGGGGAUUGAUUUCUACUACGGCUCCAAGCAGCACGCUCAGAAGAUGGUUGACUUCUUGCAGUGCACCGUGCCCUGCAGGUCGAAGACAUCCCAGCGCCUCAUCUCUCACGACAUCCACUCCAACACGUACAACUAUAAGAGUACCUUCUCUGUGGAGAUUGUACCUGUCUGCAAGGACAACGUAGUGUGCCUUUCACCGCGGCUGGCGCAGAGCCUCGGGAACAUGGGUCAGGUCUGCGUGUGCGUCCGUGUCACCAGCACCAUCCAUCUCAUUGAUCCCCGCACCCUGCAGAUUGCUGAGGUGGAUGGGAACACAUACUGGCGCAAUCCCUUCAGCAGUCUCUGUAACCCGCGGCAACUGGAGGAGUUCAUCGUUAUGGACAUUGACAUCAUCAGAGACCAGAAGCUGGGUGCUGGAGCUGGCAUGAGGUCCAACAAGCACACCCUGGCUGAUGUGUGGGUUCAGAAAACAUCAGAGAUGGAUACCAGCCAGCAGUAUCACUGCCGUACAUUCCUGGGCCACCUGCUCAACAUCGGAGACCUGGUGAUGGGGUUUGACUUUGCCAAUUCCAACAUUAACGAUGAGUUCCUGAAUCAGAUGAACCCCCAUCAUGUCCCCGAUGUGGUGCUGAUCAAGAAGAGCUACGACCGCAGCAGGAGGGUGAAGCGCAGGAACUGGAAACUGCAGGAGAUGGCCAGAGACCGUGAAGGCAUGGACACAGAUGAUGAGAGACAAUACCAGGACUUCCUGGAGGACCUGGAGGAAGAUGAGGCUCUGAGGAAGAAUGUCAAUAUCUACAGAGAUGCGUCAAAGAUCCCAGUGGAGAGCGACACUGAUGAUGACGGAGCACCACGCAUCUCCCUGAUGGAGAUGCUGGAGGAGCUCAGCCUAAACGAUGCCACAGGAGGAGAGGGUGCCGACAUGAUGACGGACUAGCCGGUCGCCAUUCUGCCUGUGUGGCACUGACAGCUGAUCUGUAAAAUACAAAAAUACAAUUACACACCUGUUGAACUGGUUGAACAGAUUGAGGACUGAUUAAACCGCUAACAGAUGAUGCUUUAUAUUGGGAAAAAUUGACAGAUCCUGUGCCUGUGUGGUGUGAUGUCUCAUUAUAGUCAAACCCGAUAAAUUGGGAGUCAUAUAGGUGCCACAGUUACAAAAAAACUUUUUUUAACUGCGAAUCUGGACUUUCACUUGAUCAUGUACUUCAUCCACCUCAUCUCAGUGGAUGUUUUUUUCCACUAGGGCCUUCAAAUCUUUUCUUCUUUCUUCAUGGAAAUGGAGUGCGUAUAGAUUACAUCAUCAAAAUAAAUAUUUAUGCUUCGG